AUGUCUCACUCCUGGCUGGCGCUGUCAGCGCGCAAUUCCUUCGCUCCAUUUCUGUAUCAGACGCGCACUCUCUCUGCAUUUUUGAACCGUCAAACAUCGCUGCGUGUCCGGCCGUAUUCUACGCCAAAAUCCUCCACCCCAACAGCAGACGACGACGACGUCGUUUCUACGCAAGAUUCCAAAGAUGACAAGCCCCCCGGACCAAAACCACGAACAAGUUACCUACAGAGACGAGCGGCCUCGAUAUCACAAGCUGACCCCCGUGUCUGGCCAGACCCGUCGGACACACCGACCUUGACCCAUAGUGAGAAGCAAGUCUUCAGCGAACUGCUGGAGCAAUUCGGGGCAGACAAGCCAGCGACACCGGGGCUGUCAGCGGAUGGCACACAGUCCCCACAGAAAUGGAAAUCAUCGUCCCUGAGCGAGGAGAGCCGCAUCGAGAUUGCUCAGAUCUCCUCGAUAUUCGACACUGUGCUGAAGGACAUGCGAAUACGAGACCAUAAACCAGCGGGCCAGGUUGACGACACAGCACGACCGAUACCUGCUUCGUCCAAAGUAGCGAGCACAGACGAUGCCGCAGCUGCUGUUGAAACAAGACUCCGUGAGUCGAAUUACGACAACGCGGUGAUCUCGGAACUGCUCAACAGCCACAAGAUUUCGAUGGACCGAGCAAUCACCGCCGUCAUUAAACGGGAAUCGACCAAAACCGAGACCGCGCUCCAGGGCGCUAUUGAUGCUGGUAUUGGCGAUAACGGCGUAUGGGAGGUCUGCAAGGAACGAAUCUUCUCCAUGAUCCGUCAUCUUGAAGACAGCCCGACCACCACCACCACCUCCUCCUCCUCCUCCUCCUCCUCCUCCUCCUCCCUCCCAUGGGUUCUGGAAGUACCGCAGGGAGUACCCGUGGAACCCGUGGUGGCGACUCUAUAUCCCAAGAUGCUCCUAGUGUCGUUUCGUCUACUGAAUCUACACUUCCCGCAGUCGCCGGUGAUCAGCCAAUUCCGGUCGACGAUCAAGUCGCAUGGGCGCACGUCGGCGGUACUCGGGAGCUCGACGGAACUGUACAAUGAGAUGAUCUAUUUCUACUGGCGCGGAUGCCAAGAUCUGCCCGGGGUGGUGUCUCUCCUGCAUGAGAUGGAGGUAACGGGCGUGGAACCGAAUCAACGGACGUGCAUGCUGCUGGAUGGUAUCGUGGAGCAGCGGAGUCGCGACCUCAAGCAGCAUUGGCGACGGAUGCGGGGGGAACUGCACCAACCGCGAAACGCGUGGUGGGAUCUGGCGCCGAACCGCAAGGCAAUGCGGGCAUUACUGGUGAAGGAUGGAUGGAUUGAUCGACUGAAGAGUCGGGUGCAGGAGCAACAGGCUCGGAAGAAUACGGAGUGGAAGAUGGACUAG